CUGUGCUCACAUGACAAUGAUGCCAGUGUGAUUUGCUCAGGUCGCUCUGAAUCACUCAGACUGCUGAAUGGAGAGGGCCCAUGCGAUGGGAGAGUUGAGAUUUCCCUCCAUGGUGCGUGGGGCAGAGUGCUGGAUGACCAGUGGGACAUGAACGAUGCCAGUGUGGUGUGCAGGGAGCUCCAGUGUGGAGUCGCUGAGAAAGCUUAUAACCCCCCUAAGUCAGAGCAAGGAACGGGCCCCGUGGGGCUGAGAAGUGUCCAGUGUGCAGGAAACGAGACUUAUCUGACUCUCUGUGACAACUCAACGUCUGAGACAACCCAGGCAGGAAUUGCUGAGGAUGUCGGUGUCGUUUGUUCAGGGAGCAGACAGAUCAGACUGGUGAAUGGGACAGGUCGCUGCGCCGGGAGAGUGGAGAUUUAUUACAAUGGCAGCUGGGGGACAGUCUGUGAUGAUUCCUGGGAUCUGUCAGACUCCAAUGUCGUUUGCAAACAACUGGGAUGUGGACAUGCCAUUAAUGCAGCUGUCUCUGCUCAUUAUGGGGAAGGAUCCGGGCAGAUCUGGCUGGAUGAUGUGAAUUGUUCUGGGAAUGAAUCCGAUCUCUGGUCGUGUCCUUCCAGGGGCUGGGGCCAGCACAACUGCAGACACAAAGAGGACGCAGGAGUUCUCUGCUCAGAAUUCACAGAUCUGAGGCUGGUGAGCGACAGUGACUGUGCUGGGCGGCUGGAGGUUUUCUACAAUGGGACGUGGGGCAGUGUUUGCUCCAAUCAGAUGUCUGGAGACACCCCAACAAUUGUCUGCAAACAGCUGAACUGUGGGGAUGGAGGACAGAUUGAAAGAGACUUUGAAUAUGGAGAAGGUUCUGGUCCCACAUGGCUGGACCAUGUUGCAUGCAGUGAGCAGCACAGCUCCCUCUGGCAGUGCCCGUCAGAGCCCUGGAAUCCAAAGUCAUGUGAUAACCGAGCAGAAGAGACCCAUAUUUCUUGCGCUGGUGCUGAUGAGCUGAGGCUGGCGGAUGGAGGCAGCCCCUGUGCCGGGAGAGUGGAAGUUAAACACCAGGAUCAGUGGGGGACGGUGUGUCAAAUUGGCUGGGACAUGAAAGAUGCUGAGGUGGUUUGUAAGCAGCUGGGAUGUGGAUCUGCUGUCAGUGCCCCACGUCGGGCUCAUUUUGGAGAAGGAUCUGGACCGACUUGGCUGAUUCUAGUUGAUUGUGGUGGUGACGAGUCAGCUCUCUGGGACUGCAGUCAUGAAGGAUGGGGUGCACAACAGUGCCCUCAUUCUUAUGACGCUGGAGUGAUCUGCUCAGGACACAUUGAGCUCCAGCUGGCUGGAGGGGACAGUGCCUGCUCAGGACGUGUGGAAGUAAGACAUGGAGACACCUGGGCUACAAUCUGUGAUGCACACUUUGAUCUCAAAGAUGCCGGUGUUAUCUGUAAUGAACUACAGUGUGGAACAGCUCUAUCUAUCCCAGGAGGAGCUCACUUUGGAAAAGGACAUGGACCAAUCUGGACUGAGAAAUUCCAGUGUGUAGGGAAUGAGUCACACCACGUGUACUGUCCCAGGGUAUCACACGGGAGUCAGACAUGCUCACAUGCAAAUGUCAUAUGCUCACGGCACACAGGUUUCCAGCUGGUGAACGGCAGCACAGCGUGCUCAGGGAGGGUGGAGAUCCAGGUUCUUGGUGCCUGGGGAACCCUCUGUGACUCACGCUGGGAUUUACCAGAUGCCAACGUUCUCUGCCAUCAGCUCGACUGUGGGUUCGCUGUAUUGGCUCCAGGAGGAGGAUAUUUUGGAAAGGGAACUGGCUCUGUCUGGACAGACACAUAUCACUGUAAAGGGACUGAAACCCAUUUGAGCCAUUGCCCUGUUACUGCCCUGGGAGCUUCUCAGUGCUCUCACGACAAUGAUGCCAGUGUGAUUUGCUCAGGUCGCUCUGAAUCACUCAGACUGCUGAAUGGAGAGAGCCCGUGUGAUGGGAGAGUUGAGAUUUCCCUCCAUGGUGCGUGGGGCAGAGUGCUGGAUGACCAGUGGGACAUGAACGAUGCCAGUGUGGUGUGCAGGCAGCUCCAGUGUGGAGUCGCUGAGAAAGCUUAUAACCCCCCUAAGUCAGAGCAAGGAACGGGCCCCGUGGGGCUGAGAAGUGUCCAGUGUGCAGGAAACGAGACACAUCUGACUCUCUGUGACAACUCAACGUCUGAGACAACCCAGGCAGGAAUUGCUGAGGAUGUCGGUGUCAUUUGUUCAGGGAGCAGACAGAUCAGACUGGUGAAUGGGGCAGGUCGCUGCACCGGGAGAGUGGAGAUUUAUUACAAUGGCAGCUGGGGGACAGUCUGUGAUGAUUUCUGGGACCUACCGGACUCCAAUGUCGUCUGCAAACAACUGGGAUGUGGACGCGCCAUCAAUGCAACUGUCUCUGCUCAUUAUGGGGAAGGAUCCGGGCAGAUCUGGCUGGAUGAUGUGAACUGUUCUGGGAAUGAAUCCAGUCUCUGGUCGUGUCCUUCCAGGGGCUGGGGCCAGCACAACUGCAGACACAAAGAGGACGCAGGAGUUCUCUGCUCAGGUCUGUUCUAUCUGAGGCUGGUGAGCGACAGUGACUGUGCUGGGCGGCUGGAGGUUUUCUACAAUGGGACGUGGGGCAGUGUUUGCUCCAAUCAGAUGUCUGGAGACACCCCAAAAAUUGUCUGCAAACAGCUGAACUGUGGGGAUGGAGGACAGAUUGAAAGAGACUUUGAAUAUGGAGAAGGUUCUGGUCCCACAUGGCUGGACCAUGUUGCAUGCAGUGAUCAGCACAGCUCCCUCUGGCAGUGCCCGUCAGAGCCCUGGAAUUCAAAGUCAUGUGAUAACCGAGCAGAAGAGACCCAUAUUUCUUGCGCUGGAAAAAAAGCAAAACCAACUCAGACCCCUUUUACCGAGUGCCCGAACUCUCCAAGCUGCACAGACCAGGAGAAGUUACGUGUCGUGGGAGGAGAGGACGGAUGCUCGGGCAGAGUGGAGGUUUGGUACCGUGGCUCCUGGGGAACAGUUUGUGAUGACUCCUGGGACAUGGCGGAUGCUAACGUUGUGUGUAAACUACUGGGCUGUGGAUCUGCUGUAUCUGCCCUGGACAAGGCUGCAUUCGGCGAGGGGACUGGUCCCAUCUGGGUGGAGAAAUUGAAUUGCCGAGGGACAGAGUCAUCUCUCUGGGACUGUCCUGCUAAGCCCUGGGGUGAGAGCAACUGUGGUCAUAAGGAAGAUGCUGCUGUGAAUUGCUCAGGUCUGACAGAGAGGACAGAUUCUCCAAAUACUACAGCUGCCUCGCGCCGCCCUCAGACUGACAGUGGGAGAGUCACGGUGCCUGUGGUCAUCUGCAUUAUCCUGGGGGCCCUGCUCUGCCUGGUCUUAAUCAUCCUGGGGGCGCAGGUGCGAAGUGCCAAGGCACAGCGCAGAGGCUCCAGAAGACCCUUGGAUCCCUUCUCUGACGCUGUGUACGAGGAGAUUGAUUAUAACCUUAUGAGAGAGAAGCAGGAGAUGUUCAGUCGCUCAGUCUCCUAUUCAGAUGACUCAGUGGUGAAGCUGCAGUAUUACACCGGGGACAGCGAGGGGGAAAAUGAUCCUGGAUCAGAACAAGAGGGAGCUUCCCCAGGGGGGUCUCAGUUGGAUUAUGAUAACGUGGAGGAGCCUGCCUUGAACGACAUCCCCCAGACUCCAGACGGACGAAAUGCCCCUGCCGUGCCUGGAGAUGUCCCAGGGGACGGUUAUGAUGAUGCCAGAGAAGUGUCUGACACUCAAGGUGACCCUCAUUUGGGGCAGAAUAAUGAGAAAGGUACUGGAGCGAAUGACAGGGAUUCACAGACAGGUUGGAGUCAGCACUCGCUAAGGAGUGAAGUUGUCUCUGAGAUGGAGAAGGAAACCCCGUCCCUGCCUCCUGGAGACACAGGUUAUGAUGAUGUGGGACAUGGUGACUCUGGGGGUUCAAUAUCAUAACAAUUUGACUGGACAAAAUAACCCCGUGAGGAUUUAAACACUUCAACUCUUUCUCUCAGAAAUGAUGCCCAGAGAAAGUUUCUGCCUGGUAGAUAGACAAAGCAGGUAUUUUUGUAGGAUUUGUGUGAAGUUGCAGGAAAUACAAGAGUGAGUGGGAAAAGGUUCAUAAGCUUUCUUUGUAUAAUUUCCCAUUAUUUGGAGGGGGUGGAAGUUUCCUGCUUUUUUAUGUCUAUAAUUUCUUCUGCUUGACUUUGUGACUUUUUCAUAUUAAAUACUUUCUGAAAGUCUUCCCCUUAGUGGAUGGUUUUCUUGCCAGAUGAUUUGUGCAGUUUCCAGGGCUCACCACAAGGAGAGGCUGAGAUUAAACAAACCAAGAGACAAGGGAAGGCCACCUCUGGGUAUAGCUGGGUGGGUUUACACAUCAGGCAUGUGGUAAAAGUGAGAAACCAGGUAGAGACAUUCAGAGAUGAGCAACAUGGUUCUUCCUGAAGUGAAUUCAGAUUUGAAACUUUUAUUGAAUCCAAGGAGAUAAAUGCAAAAAUUAUCCCUGAGUAAUUCACACCUGAAAUUAAACAAACUGUGAAAAGAUUUCCCGAUUAGCAAUAAAUGCAAAGAAUAAAUAUUUCUGCUAGGACUAGAAAUUAAUUCUAUAGAAAAUAAUGACAAGAGGACGGUUAAUAAGAAUCUGGAUUUCCACUGAACGAAUAAAGCUACAACAAGUAACAAGUCACUGAGUUGUUACGUAAAACUGCAGUAAAACUGAUCAUGUUCACACAGUGGCAUGUUUAUUUCCAUGACAAUCUACAAAUGUAGUUGAAAAUCGAUGCUGAGCUGAGAACUGACCAGUGGGAAAAGCCAGAAGUGUUCUCU